AUGCCUAUCACUCAGUUUACAAAGUUCAAAGAAGCGAUGGACCGAAAGGUGGAAAAAGGAUUGCAAGAAAAGAUGGCUCCCACGGGCAGACGCGACUCGAAGACCACUUCAUCGCCCCCAAAAGAAGUCGCCCGCCAGGAACAAGAAGUCGCCCGCCAGGACCAAGAAGUCGAAGAAGAAGUCUCCUCCAGUCACGCAGAAGAAGCAACAGCAAGAGAAGAGGAAGUCAAACACAGCCUCCCCUCCCUUAGCCUCUCCUGCCUAAGGAAGAAGCAGAAGCGUGGUGGCAAUAAGAUGCGACAGACAAAACUCCACGAAACCCUUCCCUUCCAUGGAAGACCCGAUUCGGAUCUCCAAACGGCAAAGCAGCUACGAACGGCAAAGCAGCUACAAAUGCAGCUACAAAUGAACACGAAAGCAGCAGCCGACAAUCCAUCCGCCGACAAUCCAUCCGCCGACACAGCCGACAAAGACACAGCCGACAAAGACACUGCCAACAAAGACACAGCCGACAACAAAGCAGCGUACCCAUCCUGCAACCCAACGUUGGUCCCAACGUUCGUCCCACGACUAAACCAGGAGGAAUCUGAAGCUGCUUCCGAUUUGUUGAGCUUAGCACAGGUGGAAACAGCAAAGUCGGACAAGAAAACACCAGCGUUACAAUCAACACCACAAUCAACACCAGUGGACAACGCAACACCAGACAAGAAGGCGCAAGCGGCUCCUUACAAGAGAGCAGCACGCAAGGAGGAGACAGCGGCCAAGGGCAACCAGGAGGAGACAGCUGUCCAAGAAGCGGCCACGACUCUUACUUCAUAUCCCAAACCUAGCAAGGUUGACAACCUACUUUUGCCACGGAUUCUGCAGGAGCACCUGGAUGGUACUGAGGUCGAGAUCAAGAAAGAGUUCUGUGAACAAUCGCCUGAACACUUCGAGGCUUUGAUUGACAAUGCCGAUCCAGGAUUGUCACCGAUUCUUUUGGAAGCCUUCAAGAGAGCUUGCCUACAGGCUGGUAACAACAAUCAGAUACUCUAUCUAUCUGCCCUUCGCGGCGCAACUCGUGAUUCAGCGGCAGAAAUAUGGGAGCACCACACGGGAAAAGCAGAGCUCAUCUCGAUCCUCCCCAGAGGUCGCACGAAAAUCGUGUUGGGGCAUACUCAUACAUGCAGCCCAGCGUUCACUUCAUGUCCAUGGCUAGGGACAUCGUCUACGUGA